AUGCCACCACCACUGGAGCCGAGCGAGCCGCCGCCCUCGUACGAGGAUGUGCUCGCGAGCACAUGGGGAGAUGCGUCGUCGCAUCAUGAGGCGGCAGCACCAAGCUUGCCGCCACGGCCACGCCCCCCUUCCCCAUCCAGCACGGCCCCUGCGCCUCCACGCCCUGUGGGCCCGUUGCCUACCGCGUCGCCAGCCAAUGGAUACCCCCUUCUGUACAAAGGCAAGAUUCUCUUAUACCCUGCGACUGUCCCAACAUGCACCAAGUGCUACGAGACGGGCUACGUGAAUCGAAAUCCGCUCAAGCCAUGCAAAUCUUGCUGGCAUCGCUAUGGCAAAGCGUACACCGGCGCCGUGAAGAAUGCGUACGAGCAGGGCGGCGCGCAUGGCUACCUAGCUGACCAGAGGAUCCAGCAGCCCCUGCGAUUCUAUACGCCUAUGCAAAGCCACGCUUUUCAUCCGCCUGCGCCUCGGCCCCCUCAGCCGUUUUCUCCAUCCAUUGGCACGCAGCCACCGAGUGGCCCAUCAUCGCGGCCUGACGUGUACCCCGAGGACCAGCACAGUAGUGUGCCGCCUCGCUACGAUGUGGUGUCGCACACGUCUAGUGAAAAGCCCCUCAUGCAGCAAGACUAUCCAUUGUAUGCGCCGCCGCCACCACCGCGCCCCAUGCCAUGCUACGCUCCGCCACCGCCCGGCGCUGCGCCUCUCGUCGAUUGGUACGGAUAUCAGCCGCCACCCGGCGCGGUCGCUGUGAUGCCGGGCGAUCCUCGCAUUGGAGGCACACUGUGUUACAAAUGCGGGGGCACAGGGAAUGCCAAUGACCUAUUUUCCCUAUUUGGGCUGGACGAUGAAUGCAACACUUGCGGUGGCGCUGGACGCAUCAUGAGAUAA